ACUAAAAGUGUGUCAGACGCAUAAACACUGUUGCUCUGAGGUCAUCAUUACUGCAGGACUGGACUAAAAAUACAAAUAAGGAGAAAAUUAUUUGCUACAAAAAAGAGGGGUUUAAGAAACAAAGAUCUACACAGGACAUCUGCUCUGCAUCUACAAUCUUCUUUAGCCUACCUCUGUUGUGGUUUACUCUGCAUCAGCAGUGAUGGAAGUGGACGACAAUGAGUGUGAAUCUGUAUUUGAGCCCCACAUCACUGAGGAGCAUGUAGAGACUCACUAUGGAAACGUUCACUGCAUCAUGGUAGGAACUCCGAGGGCAAACCACCCUGUCCUCCUGACAUUUCAUGAUGUUGGACUGAACCACAAGUCCUGUUUUGAUACACUGUUCAACCACGAGGACAUGCGGGAAAUCAACAGCUAUUUGCCUGUUUGUCACGUUGAAGCACCAGGACAACAUGAGGGAGCCAAAACUCUGCCUUCUUCAUAUAUUUACCCUUCCAUGGACCAGCUAUCUGAAGCACUGCCCGCUGUCCUCAAACACUUUGGGUUGCGUAGAGUUAUUGGACUUGGAGUUGGAGCUGGAGCCUACAUCCUGGCUAAGUUCGCUCUGAAUCACCCAGAUCUGGUGGACGGAUUGGUUUUGAUCAACAUCAACCCCAGUGCUGCAGGAUUAAUUGAUUCUGUUGCAAGCAAGCUCACCGAAUGGACCCACACUCUCCCGGACACGGUCAUCGCACAUUUGUUUGGAAAGGAUGAGAUCGAGACCAACCAUGACCUCAUAGCUACUUACCGUCACAACAUCACAACAACGAUGAACCAGUCCAACUUGACUCAGUUCCUCCACUCCUACAACAACCGCAACGCUCUGGAGGUGGAGAGGCCUAUUCCUGGAGAAAACAUCAAUUUCAGGACCCUCAAGUGCUCCACCCUGCUGAUUGUAGGAGAUAAUUCUCCAGCUGUGGAGGCCGUGGUCGACUGCAACUCUAAACUCAACCCCACCGAGACCACUCUGCUCAAGAUGGCGGACUGUGGAGGACUUCCUCAGGUGGAUCAGCCAGCCAAAGUGAUUGAAGCCUUGAAAUAUUUCAUCCAGGGCAUGGGAUACUUGUCCAGUGUUAGCAUGACCAGACUUCGGUCACGGACGACCUCCAGCUCCAGCAUCACGUCCAUCGAUGGCUCUCGGAGCCGCGCACACACCAACGAGCUGCAACAUGAACAUACACACUCACGCGGCACCGAAGAGAAGCGCGGGCGCUCACACACUGACAUCCCAAUGGAGAGUAUGUCCAAAAGUAAUGUGGACCACAUCGCCUCAAAGUCCAGUGAAGUGGCAUGCUAGAGCUCACUCUGCACUACAUCGCAUGCACUUAAAUCAAAUCAUACCUCAUUAUAUCUACUCAGACAGCUUCCCACUGUCAUGCCCUUUCAUCUGCACUAUCUCUAGCUGAAAGGUCACAGGUCGUAUGUGACUUUGGUCUAUCUAAACUCUGUCUCCCUAUUCCUUCAUCAAUAAAUUAACCAUCCUUUCCUGCGUCACUCUCUUGGCAUCAUUCCUAGUUUCUCUAUCCAACUGCUCUCCUCCUCUCUGAACUGUUACUGUAUGUCAUCCUUCUUUACUAUAUGUUUUUUCCCCCUCACUGUCCCUGUUCAUGUCCUUGUCUACUUUCAAGCUGAAAUGUAUUCUUUGAAAAGCAUGUGUUUAUGUAAUACACAAAUGCAUAUUCAUGUAUAAGGAAUGUAAUUAAAAGGUAAAGACACAGUAUAUAAAGUGUAAAAGUGUAAAAACUGUAUGCUCAUAACUGUAGGAACGUGUAUUUAUUAUUCACAACUGUGACAGCUGUGUGUUAUUAACUGCAGGAAUGUUUUAUAGACAUAUUUUUAGAUUCAAAAAUGUUUUAUAUUUGGACUUGCAUUGGGAAUUCUGUGUAAUUAUUAUUAUAGACAUGUUACUGUUCAACUCAAUUAAAACAGAGGACUUCAUGUAAGUAUCUCUUAUGCUAUCAGUGAUUACACUUUUUACUGUAAAUAAUCA